GGCAUUGUCCCCCAAGGUCACCACAGAGGAGAUAACAUCCCACCCUCGGCUUGUCUCAUUUAAGCCAGGGCAGUGCCUCCUCUGGUAGCACCCAUGAUGCAUGGCCUGCCUCUCCCUUUCCUGGCUCUGCUGCUGGCAGCUGGGACCCCUAGAGCAGCAGAGCCAGCUGCCAGCACAGGGGGUCUCAUCUUUCACAAAGAUUGGGACUGGCAGCCAUCAGGCAGCCGAGGGGAUCCCCUGUGCCUGGUGACUCUGGGUGGAGACAGCAACCACAGUGGAGCCCCCGUGCAGGUGGCAGGGUCCCUGAGCAGCUAUGAGUGGGCCUUCCUGAGGGCUGUGCAGCAGGCUCACUGGGGGCCCCAAGACUUGGCCACCUUUGGGGUCUGCAACCCAGGCGACAAGCAGGCUGCCUUGCUCCUUCUACAGCGCCUUGGGGCCUGGCUGGGGGCACCACAGGGGCAGCAGCUGCUAGUCCUGCACCUGGAGGAAGUGACCUGGGAGCCAAUACCCUCGCUGAGGUUCCAAGAACCCCCACUUGGAGGAGCUGGUCCCCCAGAACUGGCGCUGCUGGUGCUGUACACCGGGCGCGGCCCCGAGGUCACUGUCGCUGGGGCUGGGCUGCCCGGCACCCAGAGGCUCUGCCCGUCCCGGGACACCCGCUACCUGGCACUGGCCCUGGACCGCCCGGAAGAAGCCUGGCGCGGCUCCGGGCUCGCCUUGACCCUGAGGUCCCGCGGAGACGAUUCCCCUCUGAGUACCACCCAAUUGCAAGUGUUGCUGUUUGCCGACAACCCCCGCUGCUUCACGCGGAUGACUCCCGCCCUGCUCCUAUUGCCCGGGUCCCAGCUCACGCCGCUCCCCGCGCAAGGCCAAUUGGAUACAGUGCCCUUUCCGCCGCCCAGGCCGUCCCGGGGGCCUGAGGAGCCGCCGCCCAGCGCGGACCCCUUCCUGGAGACGCUUACGCGCCUAGUGCGCGCGCUGAGGGUCUUCCCGGCCCAGGCCUCAGCGCCGCGCCUGUCCCUGGACCCAGAUGCGCUGGCCAGUUUUCCGCAGGGCCUGGUCAACCUGUCGGACCCCGCGGCACUGGAGCGCAUGCUCGACGGCGAGGAGCCGCUGCUACUGCUGCUGCCGCCUGUAGCAGACGCAGACCGCGCGGCGCCUCAGAGCCCAACAUCGGCUCCGUGGACUGAGAGCCUGACGCGACGAGUGGCUGCCGAGCUACAAGCGGCGGCCGCCGAGCUGCGCGGCCUUCCAGGCCUGCCGCCGGCCGCAGUCCCGCUGCUAGCGCGUCUGCUUGCCCUGUGCCCGGGAGACUCUGGCGGCCCCGGCGGGCCACUGCGCGCGCUGCUCCUCCUGAAGGCGCUGCAGGGGCUACGGGCAGAGUGGCGUGGGCGGGACCUGCGCGGGCCGGGGCGGGCGCAGCGCAGCGCUGGGACUGCCACCACCGACGGGCCGUGCGCGCUGCGGGAGCUCAGCGUGGACCUCCGCGCCGAGCGCUCGGUGCUUAUCCCGGAGACAUACCAGGCCAACAACUGCCAGGGCGCGUGCGGCUGGCCGCAGUCCGACCGCAACCCGCGCUAUGGCAACCAUGUAGUGCUACUGCUCAAAAUGCAGGCCCGCGGGGCCGCCCUAGCGCGCCCACCCUGCUGUGUGCCUACCGCGUAUGCCGGCAAGCUCCUGAUCAGCCUGUCGGAGGAGCGCAUCAGUGCGCACCACGUGCCCAACAUGGUGGCCACGGAGUGCGGCUGCCGGUGAGCUCACGCUGUACGUACUGCUGUCCUCAGGAGCCCGGUGCGCC